UAACCGAAACAUUUACUUUUACUUCCUUUAUAAUUUUCUUAAAAGGUAUUCGUAAAAGUGUACUCGGAAUUCUUUAUAACAUAAACUUAUAGUGGGAAAAUGAUGGUAUCGUUAUAGAAAUAAGAGUUCGAUAUUCUUAAAAACAAAGUUUAACACGCAUUGUGUCUAGAUAAAAUCGUUGCAUCGAGUUUUACGCCUCAUCGUUAGAUUUGCACUGUUAAGUUGCACAUUGCAAAAUAAAUGUACAAAAUGAGUAAUCAAAAAUUUGGCAAUUAUUUUACGAUAUUGAAACUCCUAAUACGCGAAUUGUAUCUAAAUUAGAAAUCUCAGUUUUUUUAUAAAAGGAGAGUUCCGUUAGGUCAAUGCUAUAUGAUGAAAUAUCGACAGAUAAUAUUUAUGUUUAUUCCAAAAAGAAAGAUAGUGCAGCAGAAAACGUAACAUGACUCAUACGUAUGAUUAUUAAUCUGUAACAUACGAAACAUGAAUAUGAAAUCAGUGUUGACAGGAACGACAAGUGAUUAAUAAUAUUUCUGUUCAUAGGAAAACAAAUUGUUAAUAUAUUUUCUGUUCGAGCUGUAUUAUUAAUUAGUUCAUUGCUUUUUCAGUGGUCUAGUUUGUGCAAAAUUUUCAGAAUGAAGGAUUUCAUUCUCGUAUUUUUGUUGCUGUGCAUCCUUUCUCCUGCAGUUUCAUUGUUAAAUAUAAAAUCGUACAGUUUUAAUGGGGAGCAUGAUCCAAACAACGGGCUCGAUACAUUGCAAAUGAUAAGAAAGGAUGGCUAUCCCGCGGAAGCUCAUGUUGUACAAACAGAAGAUGGUUACCUCCUGACAAUGCAUCGAAUUCCAGGAAUACUCAAAGCCCCUGCAAUCUUUUUGCAACACGGUGUAUUAGGUAGUUCGGCGGAUUGGGUUAUGCUUGGAAGAGGCAAAGCUCUUGCAUAUCUAUUAGCUGACCAGGGUUACGAUGUAUGGUUUGGGAAUUUUCGUGGCAACACAUAUUCAAGAGCACACGUUUCUUUGUCCGAUGGGGACCCAAAAUUUUGGGACUUCAGUUGGCACGAGUCAGGCAUAUAUGAUCUACCAGCGAUGAUCACUUAUAUCGUAGAAUUGAAAGAACACGAUUUGAAAGCAUAUAUUGGAUUCUCGAUGGGUACAACAUGCUUCUAUGUAAUGGCUAGCGAACGGCCGGAAAUAACAAGACUGUUGCAUUCGGUGUACAGUCUUGCUCCUGUAGUAUACAUGAAACACGUACGAAGUCCCUUACGGUAUUUAGCUCCGAUUGCAACCCAUUUUAAGACAAUUUUCUAUCUGCUCGGUGAAGGUGAAUUUUUGCCACAGAAUUACGUUAUAAAGCAUUUAGCAAAAUAUUUAUGUUACGUAAACUAUUUGGAAGAAGAAAUAUGCUCUAAUUCGAUGUUCGUCAUCGUUGGGUUUGACAAAGCACAAUUUAAUGGUACGUUAUUGCCUCUGAUUUUGAAUCACACGCCGGCUGGUACGUCUUCCAGAACGUUGGUUCAUUAUGCUCAAGAAAUUGAAUCGGGAUACUUUAGGCAGUUUGACCAUGGUGCAGAAAAAAAUGUACAGAUUUACAAUAGCACCGUGCCACCCAACUAUAAUAUUUCAAAUAUUACGACGCCACUCGUGUUAUUUUGUGGCCCUAACGAUUGGUUGUCUAGUUCCAUUUUGCAACUGAUAAGAAAGAAUGGUUAUCCGGCCGAAGCUCAUGUUGUACAAACGGAAGAUGGAUAUCUCCUGACGGUGCACCGAAUUCCAGGCAAGUCCGGUGCACCUGCGAUCUACGUGCAGCAUGGUAUAUUCGGCACCUCGGCGGAAUGGGUUGUGCUUGGAAAAGGCAAAGCUCUCGCUUACCUAUUAGCUGACCAGGGUUACGAUGUAUGGCUUGGAAAUUUGCGUGGCAAUACCUACUCGAGGGCACAUAUUUCCUUGUCCAACAGUGACCGUAAAUUUUGGGAUUUCAGCUGGCACGAAUCAGGCGUUUACGACUUACCAGCCAUAAUCACCUACAUCGCCGAUUUGAAGAAUGAUACUUUAACCGCGUAUAUUGGAUAUUCGAUGGGCACGACAUGCUUUUACGUAAUGGCCAGCGAACGGCCUCAAGUUGUAAAUCUAUUGCGUUCGGCGUAUAGUCUUGCCCCGGUCGUCUUCAUGAAGCAUUUGAAAAGUCCCGCGCGAUACUUAGCUCCGUUUCGAAACACCAUCAAGAGAAUCAGCAGCCUGUUUGGUAAGGGCGAGAUCCUUCCACAGAAUUUUAUCACGAAGUUUCUAGCAAAAUAUUUCUGUUACUUUGAUUCGAUUCGCGACAAAAUUUGCGCGAAUUUGAUACUUCUUGCUGUCGGUAUCGAUGCGCCAUUAUUUAAUACAACGUUAUUGCCCACGAUUUUGAACCAUAUGCCUGCUGGCACGUCUAUCAAGACUUUGGUCCAUUACAGCCAAGAAAUAUCGUCGGGAUACUUUAGGCAAUAUGACUAUGGCGGAAAAAAAAAUAUUGAGAUUUAUAAUAGCACCGAGCCUCCUAGUUAUAACUUGUCAAAGAUCGCGAUACCGAUCACGUUAAUUUACGCUCAAAAUGAUUGGAUGUCCAGUACCACUGACGUAAUGAGACUGGCCAACGAGUUACCGAGCGAACCAACUAUGUACAUAAUACCAUAUAAGAAGUUCAAUCAUGUAGAUUACGUAUGGGGUACGGAUACUCCCAGAUUAGUCUACAAACAGUUGCUCGAUAUGAUGAAGAAAUGAGCGUGAUAAUGUAUUCUUUUACAGGAAUUUAUUUUUCUAUCUAUCUUUUUGUUUUUUAAUAUACUUUUAUAUUGCAGAUCGUUUAUAGACUUCAGCAAUUAAAUUGUCUUAUACGAAGCUGUAACCUACCUCAUAAUGGGCAUACAAAAAUAAAAAAUAUUUUUAACGAAGCGUCUGCUUUAAUUGUCAAACGUAAUAUUAUGUAUACAUAUUCGUAUAUGUUUAUUGGAGUCAUCUGUAGAUAGUUCUUGCGUUUACGGUAUUAAAAUAUUUCAGACACUUUCAUAUUUUUAGUUUCUAAUCUCUUUUUUAAUAUUUUUAUAUACCACGUAAAUAGUAUCGAUAAUGAACUUUAAACGUAGUUUCAUAAACGCAGACUCGUUCUUUACUCAAUGGGGUACUAUUUUCAGACUCCAUAUUUGUUCAGCUUUCAGGAAUCGAGUCUUCGUAACGUACCAGCGUUAGUACACCACGUUGAAGAAAAAAAAAACAUUGGAGACACAUUGGAUGAGUAAGUAUAUCGAGUAUUUUAUGUAUUUAACGUGUUCCUAGAUAAUGAUUACCGAACUAUCGGAAGUAAUAAAAUUGCAAUCAGUUAUAUGAUGAGCGUACGAAGAAUACUAAAUGUAAUGUCUAGCUUGGUAUCGUGUCUGCAGUUUGAAGAAAAAAAAAGUAUUUUCUUCUUUCUUCCAUUACUAUACGAAAAGGAAGUUACACGAGGAAUUUCAGUUAUUCGUUGUAAAUUAUGUAUGAAUCGUAGGGAAUCUUAAACGACGAACGACUGGCUCGAUAUGCUGCAAAAUAAAGGCCGAAGUAUCGUAGUAUUUAUUGAUACAAAAAGUGACAAGAGUUUGAAAAAUUCGUUGCGUAGUCUUUGAACAAUAACUUCGUCCAAUGCGGGGAAAUUGCGAAGAUAUUUGCUUUCUUAUAAAACUAACAAAAAAAAUAUCUGCAACAGAAAACUAUUUCUUAAGGUUAAACUUCCAUGCAAUUUUAAACGCGACAAACACAUUAUGAUUGUUCUUUUCAGGGUGAAAGAUUUUUAAAAAUUCAACGUGACUGUAGAAAUUUAUUUAUCGAGUAAAGUUGAAAAAUAUUUGUUUGUUCGAACAACGGAAAUUUUCGGUCGGAUACUCCCAGUUCAAUUCACAGGAUAAAUCGAACGUAUAAACGGCUUUGGACGUGAAUAAUCUUUACGAUGGAUCGAUUCGGUGGUGCAUCCUGAAUAUAAACCUAACUUAGACGUCCAAAUAUCGAUGUAUCGAAUAAUAAACCAAUUUUGCAACAUCGUUCCGCGUAUUUGUUGGUUUAUCGAUCCACGAUCCAAGGAACAAUCCAGGUUACAAUACGAACGAAACAAGUAUCGCUGGAAGAGCUGCUAUUGACGAUCAUUCUAGAAUCAGUGUCGAUGGGUUCUGCUAAUGAUUGUGCAAUGGAAAAAUACUGUUGGCAUCGUAGAGUCCCUCAGGGAUACUUCAAGGAUUUAACUUUACAUAUGGGCUUUGAAUUUUAUUUACGAACACCUGGAGAACAUCCUCGUUGCAACACUUCAUAAAAAGCGAGCUUAUUUCGUUAUUCGCAAUUGCGUUUCCACUGGCCGGGUCGGUACAGAAGGCGCGUUCGUAUUAACGCGUUGCUGACGAAACGAGAAGAAAAUUUUCUGUGUGUGGAGAAAAGGCAAGGCCGUACGUUGAGAAAGUUGCCCCGCAACAGGAUUUUCCAGGUACAACGUUCACCGUAACGAAUUCAAAACUGGGCCUCGAAAUCAACAAAAUUCACGAUCUCUGAGCACGUCAAAGAAAUCAAGAUUGUCGGUCAAACAGUACAAUCAAUCGACACUGUCGCUGAUAACAUAGCUUUUGACGCGAGGUUAAGUCCAUCGUAAAUAAAGAAUUAAAAAGAA